CGCAGCGUCAACCACCAACAACACACGACGAGCACCCACACUUACUACCCCCCAUUCCUACACACAUCACAUAGCAGCCAUGUCUCGCGUAGCAGGCCGCACCGACUGGGCCGAAGAGGAAGACGAGAACGACCUCGCCCUCCCCCAGCAGACAGUCACCAAGAACAAGGACGGAACCGAGACGAUCGUAUCCUACCGCAUAAACGAGGACGGCAAGAAGGUCAAGACCACCCGCCGCAUCAAGAAGACAGUCAUCAAGCAAGUCGUAAACCCCCGCGUCGCCGAGCGCAAGGCAUGGGCAAAAUUCGGGCAGGAGAAGGGCAAGCCCGCAGGGCCACAGACCGACACCGUCUCGGUCGCUGAGAACAUUGUCUUCCGCCCACAGUCCAACUGGAAGGCCGCGCAGGAAGACAAGGGCGAGGACGAGAAGAAGAAGCUGGAGCUCAAGAACGCAAAGAUCAAGUGCCGUAUCUGCUCCGGUGACCACUUUACAACCAAAUGUCCCUUCAAGGACACCAUGGCCCCCGAGGGCGCCGAUGCGCCGGCCGAUAUGCCCGACGAUGCGCCUGGUGGUGCGGGAGGUCUUGGUGCUGGCAGCGGCGGAUAUGUGCCGCCCCAUCUGCGAGGCAAGAUGGGCGGAGGCGAGAAGAUGGGCGGCAAGUUUGAUCGCGAUGAUAGCGCGACGCUGAGGGUUACCAACGUCAGUGAAUUUGCGGAAGAGCAGGAUCUUAGGGACAUGUUCAGCAGAUACGGUCACGUCACAAGAGUGUUCUUGGCCAAGGACCGUGAGACAGGGAGAGCCAAGGGCUUUGCUUUCAUCAGUUACGCGGAUAGGAGUGAUGCUGCGAAGGCGUGUGAGAAGAUGGACGGCUUCGGUUUCGGCCAUCUCAUUCUGCGCGUCGAGUUCGCCAAAAAGGCUUAAGCGCCCGUACAGCCUGACGCGCCACCUCCAAGUGUCUGUUAUGGGUAACCUGGAGGUUCGAUACAACGUUUCCAAAAUGGUCGAAGACGUGGGUUGUGUAGGAGCAGCCAGAUCAGUCCAGAAAGGCAUUUGGCACCACAUGACGAAAGGAAAAUAUACGGCUAGCAUAAGCCACCGCAGCUGGAGGGUAUUGCGCUGGUGUAGCCCGUUGUGGCUGGGCUAUGAACGGACGAAUAGAGAGUAAUGCAAUUCUCAUGAUUUCAGUCCU